GCUGCGUGCUCAGUGACGGGAACCUCGAGAUAUACGGGCGCUGCGACUCCAUCGUGAAGAUACGAGGCUACAGCGCCGACACUCAGGCUGUAGAGGCAGCACUGUUGGAGCUGUCAAUGGUAAACACCUGCUGUGUUCUGGCAGAAGGAGAUGAGGGCUCCAACAAGUAUCUUGUGGCUUACAUCAAGCCUGAGGGCAAAACGUCGCACAAAGAAUUGCGUGCUGCCCUCAAGAAGAGGUUGCCAUUCUACAUGAUACCCUCCAAAUUCAUCUUUAUUGACAGUAUCCCUAUACUACAGUCAUCGGGGAAACUGAACAAGAAGGCCCUAGUGAAGAUGUCAGAUGUGGGAGACGGCAAUUCCGUCGAUCCACAGCCGCAGUCCGUAUUGAUGGAGCCCCGACUUGCUGCCAUCUGGUGCAGGGUGUUGAAAUUGGAUGUCAUUGAUGUACAUGUGAACUUCUUUGACCUCGGAGGGCACUCACUGCUUGCCACUCAACUUGUAAGUGAAGUCAAUGAAGAACUGGGCCUAUCGCUUAGCAUAUCAGACAUGCUACGUCACUCCACGCUGUAUUCCAUGGCGAGAUUCAUUAAUAACCAAGCAGUGAGCAGUCCUAAUGCCACACUGGAUCUAGCAGCCGAGGUAGAGACACAUGCUCAAGACAAUUAUCCGUCGGAUACCAGUCUCCGAGCAUUUUGGCGUUUCUCUGAGGUGUCUCACUCCAGGAGGCGUUGCGAGAGAAUUUUCUUGACAGGGGCAACCGGAUAUGUCGGGGCGUUUAUUUUGAAGGAACUGUUGGAAAAUACAGAGGCCGUGGUAUACUGCCUUGUCCGGGAAUCGCCCGGCAUGACGGCGAUGGGUCGGAUUCGCAGUUCCUUUCAGAGGUAUUGUGUUGCAGAGCUUGACGAAAACUCUGAGCUCAGGAUUGUGCCCUUAAAAGGCGACGUCUCUCUUCUGAAUUUGGGACUGUGUGAAAAUGACUACAUGUACCUCGUGUAUGAGAUCGACUCCAUUAUCCAUGCGGCUGGUGCCGUGAACCUUGUCCACCCAUACUGUGCUCUGUCUGAUGCUAAUGUACUGGGGACUAAGAACAUUCUUGCGUUCGCUGUCGAUCGCAAGAUAAAGCCUGUGCAUCACAUCAGCACAGAUGCAGUUUUUCCAGAAGGUUUUCAGGACUGCAAAGAGGAUGCCAACAUGAUGAUGUAUGCUGACAAACUUGUCAGUGGCUAUGCGCAGACUAAAUGGGUGGCAGAGCAGCUGGUACUACAUGCACAUGGCAGAGGACUUCCUGCUGCUGUCUACAGAUGUGGCAACAUAGGGGGACCACAGGAGAAGGCAAGCUGGAACCCAGCUGACUUCACUCUGCUUAUGUUGCAGGGUUGCCUGUACACACAGACGGUUCCUGACAUUCACUGGCAGAUUGAGCUUUCCCCAGCUGACUUUGUGAGCAGAGUAAUAGUGGGGCUGUUAAAGGCUGUUCUGCACUCUGGUGGUAGAAUCUUUCACAUCAUCAACCCUGUCACAAUGAACUGCUGUGACUUGUGGCAGCUGCUAAGGGCACAGGGCUACCAGCUGGAAUUAGUGUCUUACAGAGACUGGUACUGGAAGGUGAAGGAGGCUGCAGCGAGUUCCAGUGAACACUCAGCAACAUUUGCCAGUCUACUGUAUCUGCUGGAUGCCGUUACGGAUCCAGGUUUCUUCCGUCAGAGCUCCACGUUCACACAGCUGAAUCUGCAGGCGUCACUUCAGACGCUUGGUCUGACUUACCCUCCUGUUGAUUCAAAACUGAUGUGGAGGUAUCUGAGCCACCUGACGUCACUCGGCCUCGUCCCGCGCCCAAACAUGCUGCAACAGGAUGCUGCUCACUUCCUUCACGGGAAAGUGGCUCUAGUGACGGGGGCCUCUUCGGGCAUCGGGGCGGCCAUAGCCGAACACCUGGCCGUGGCUGGGGCUAAGGUGGCGCUGGCUGCACGUCGGAUAGACAGACUGAAGGAGCUGCAGGCGCGGAUAGAGGACAAGGGUGGUGUGGCUAUAACUAUUGUGAUGGACGUGUGUGAUGAGGAGCAGGUGCAUGUCGGCGUGAAGCGCGCAGAGUCCGUGCUGGGACCUUUGGACAUCCUGGUGAAUAAUGCUGGUGUUCUGUACUACACUAUGAUGAAGAAUGUGCAUAUUAAGGAAUGGCAGAAGAUGGUUGACAUCAAUGUGAAAGGCACUCUGAACUGCGUGGCGGCCGUGUUGGCCGGAAUGGUGGAGCGAAGACGGGGCCACAUCGUCAAUGUCAGUUCUGAUGGUGGCCGUAAGGGAUUUGCAGGCUUAUCAGUUUACUGUGGAACUAAGUACUUUGUGGAGGGCAUGUCCCAGGGGAUGCGCCAAGAAGUGGCUGAGUUCGGGGUCAAGGUUACAUGCAUUCAGCCUGGGGAUGUCAAGACGGAGCUGUUUGAGAAGUCCACUGAUCAGGAGGCGAGGGAGAAGUACGAAAUGGUGAGCAAGAUGAAGGUUCUGGAACCAGGGGACAUAGCGCAGGCUGUGUUGUAUGCCGUUAAGCAGCCAGACCACUGUUCAGUCAAUGAGAUUUUGGUGGAACCCCAGCUGGCCCCGAUAUAAACGUCAGCUGUAUAUGAGGUCUUCCAUAAGUAAACUGCUACAGCAACGUAAACGCAGUCAAACUCGGAGAGCAAAAUUUGUGUUAGACUCAGCUUUCAGUUUUCAAUCAGACUUUUCAUUUUAAUCCUCUUGGUGCUGAUAUGAACCACGUUAACUUCAUACUAUUGCAGUGGGACUCACUGAAUCAUUUAUGCUUAUUAUUCACGAGAUCGCGGGUUUGUAUCUGGGCAUAUGGGCCAGCGCUCUAUACUUUUAUGUCUCUACAGUUUUCGUAUUGUCAUCGUAUGACUAGGAAUUUUCAUUGUUUCUUGCCACCUCCAUUUUGUUUACUAUGACUGGAUUUCUACACUUUGUUCAUUGUCUGGUAUUCUGAAAUGAACUCAGUGUUUUGGAAACUGGAAAUUUCUGUCCUCAGAAGAAAGAAUGGCAAUACCUACUUACCUGAGGAUGAAAACAGAUCCAUUUCUGUUCAUCUCAAUACACCAAACAAUAAAAACGUCCAUAAAUCCAGAAACAGUAAUUAAUCGCCCUCUUGUUGUGUAACCAGCGUAAGAAGGGGAGAUAAGAAAUGCACAGAAAAUUUCAGUCCGAAAACCUGAAGGGAAGAGACGUUGGUCUCAAGUAAACUGGAUAUGAGGCUGUGGACUAGAUUCUUAUUGCUUAGGAUAGGGACUGGUGGCAAGCUCUUGUUAACACACUAAUGAACUUUAAAGGUGGGGAAUUUGUGUAUCAUCUGAGUGAAUACUGGCUUCUCAAACACUCUGGUUAUUGUAAUUAUUUGUUUUUAUCAGUCAGUACAAAGCACGCAUCACAUUCUCAUUGAUAUUAAUGGCGGGUGAUUCAGGCCCUUGUGAUGGUGUGCAGCAUUUUAUGAACUUGGUCCUCUACUUUGCUAGUGCCAUGCCGUCCUCUCUCUGUCAUUCGAAGGCCCUAGAAACUGAGAGACGUGUGAACCACCUACAGUGCGCACUACUCUGUGGUUAUGACGCACGGCCUCUCUGCAUUUGAAGCCGUCGUAUGGUGCCCUUAUUGCCUUCAUACCGCAAGUGUUCGGUUCUUGUAUUUUGAAAGAAAAUGAGCCCAUUUUAGUAGAGCAGCUGCCGACACACUUGUCGGAACGUUUCGCACAAACACUUCAGUAACUCGAAUGGAGCUGGAUGUUAUUGAACAGGUCAGUGUAGUGGAAACCAUCAGGAGGAGCUUGAUUCAAAUGUUGGCUUUGAUCGUAGCUGUUGUGAAAGGGAUUUUUGUUGGUUUUCUUCAGUAUCCCCAGGCAUACUGGGGUAGUACCUUCAUUCAAAUAGGUCAUGACAACAUCCUUUCACAUCCUUGUCUGAUUACCGUUGAUCAUCCUUCCUUCUGUUUUGUUGCUAUGUGCAGUUGCUUAGAUACAUACAAAUAAUGUAAGUAUAUAAACCUCUGUACUAAAAUAGCUAUCAGAUGCAGCUGUUAUCAAUUACUUGUAUUGAUCUGUAGUGCUCUACAUGUCUCUGGUUGCGUGGUUCAUCUACAAGAGCUGUUUAUAUCUUUAGUAGACUCUCCAUCGUACAUGAGCAUGUUGCAUAAUUUUUUUGUGAUCUUUUCAGUGAUAUUUGAAAACUUUGUACUGAAAUGUAUUCAUUAAAGUUGUAUGCUUCGUCUAG